AUGGCAGCCAGACGUACACAUUUGCAUCCCGCCCUCAUCGGCCCCCGCGACCUGCUCCAAUCAAAAGCCGCUUCGCCGCAGUCUUCCGGGUCGCCGGAGAGCGUCGCGCCCCGCUCCUCUGCGCGCGGGCUAGUCGCUGCCGCGGCGCAAUGGUGCUCGGAGCGUACGCGCACACGUCGGCGUUUCGGGAAUCUCGGAGGAGCGGAUGCAAUGCCCGGGAACAUGAGCAAAGAAGAGGAUGCCCCGACGCGGAGCGCUUCUCUGACCUUCACCAUUGACAACAUCCUGAACCUGAAGCACGGGUCGUCGAAGGCGCAAGGGGACGCUCGGUGCAAGGGCGACGUGGAGGCGCGGUACGACGAGGCGUGGGACGUCCGGAGCAGGCAUGGCAGCGGGGCAGACGAGACAGCGCAAAAGAAGCCCAGAGUCCGCCGCGCCGACUCCGGGGAAAACACGUCGCUGCUGACCGACGGCUCCUGUCCAGGGGCGCAAGGUGCGCGCACAGCCGAGGACGCGUCCGAGCGUGCCCGCGCGGACUCUAAGGCCACGGUCAAGAAGAAGACGCGCACCAUCUUCUCCAAGAGACAGAUCUUUCAGCUGGAGGCCACUUUUGACAUGAAGAGGUACCUGAGCAGCUCGGAGAGAGCGUGCCUCGCCGGCUCCCUGCAGCUCACCGAGACGCAGGUCAAGAUCUGGUUUCAGAACCGCCGCAACAAGCUGAAGAGACAGCUAUCCACGGACAUGGAGGGGCCGCUGACCGCCGAGCACCUCUCAGAGGCGGGGGAAAAUGUGCAAUUACCGACUUUUUACAAAGACAGCAGCCUGCUGGGCGGAUGUUUGUUACCGAUGCCCUUCCCCGUCGUGUACCCGACUGCGACCGCUGCGCCUUACAUCUACUUCUCCAACACUGGCAAAUAUUUUGGCCUGUUUGAUGCAGACUGAGGAUUUCCUUUGCUCGGGAU